AUGUCCACUGAAAUCGGCGCAGACGCCGAACGAAGCCUGAAAACGCCCCCCAACAACAAUAACAACAUUUACGCUGGUGGUGGCGACGAUGGAGGCAGUACCAAUACAGGCACACCAUCCACUGGCGGACCACCACCGAUGGCUUCGGGAGAGAAAGGUCCGGCGAAUCCAGUCAGUGGUUUACAAACAUCUCCGAGAAACACACCGUUCGGAGUCGCAGCUGCUACGAGUGGUAAUACUGCAGGACCGUCUUUGGCCCAACAGCAACAACAACAACAACAACAACAACAACAGCAGGCAAACAGUAUCAAUAAUAACAGUGGUCAGAAGGAGGCCAACGAAAGUGAACCAGUGCCACCUCCUGCCGCUGCCCUUCCGCCAAAACCAAGACCGUUAAUCAAGAGCAAGGGAUCGGUGUCACCAUUGCCGUUGAAACGGAUAGUGAGUAAACCAACCACACCAUUACGGGACAACAAUGGUAACAAUUUUGACGCAAGUCCAUUGAGGGAUAACGAGUCGCCUGGACCACUAGCAGGGGAUUCACCAGGAAAUGGGAUUGGGAUACGAGGUCCCUCGAAUCCAAAUUUUCCUACGCGUGCCCUUGGUGGUGGUUUAAAGCCACGUAAAGGUGGCUGGAAAGCACGACCUGAAAGUGAAACAUUUAACAGUAACUUUUCACCGACGGACGACGAAGAUAGUGGUCCCGGGACCGCCGCACAGGGUGUAAAUCCGGUGAUAACGAGUAACGUUGUAGUAAAUCGCAAUAAAAUCGGCUCCAGUGGUGGUGGAGCCAUAGGUGGUGGUGGCCGUGGUGGUUGGGGUGCAAACCAACGUCGUACAGCAGCUACCGGCAGUCCGCUAUUGCAAAGUCCUUCCGGUGCUGGUGUUAGUGCUCCGUUGAUACCGGGUUCCGCAGUGGCCUUAUCUGGAGCGGCAGGUGUGCCGCUGUCGAUGGACAUUCCGAGUGAAAACUCUUCCUCUCAACAGCCAACGGCACCGGUUCAUCCGGCUAUUAGUGGUGCGGUCGCGCGGACUACGUCGCGCACCGAUUCUUUGGAAAACAUUCCCGGUCCGUCCGGCUUAUUGCCGCACAAUCCGGGCGUACCCGGCACCAUCGGGGGCAAUCCGCAAUCCAGAUAUUCAAACCUGUCGUUCUGGAAGGCAAGACGGGUGCUAUUCUAUCGGAAUGGCGAUCCCUUCUUUCCCGGUGUGGAGUUCCGCUUCAAGCCCGGACGUGACAUUUGCACACUGGAGGCGCUGCUGGAUAAGAUCUCCGCCCGAAUGGAUCUACCCCGAGGUGCCCGUUACAUUUUCUCGAUGGACGGUGACCGCAAGUACUCGCUGGAUGAGCUGGAGGACGGUUCCAGCUACGUAGUGUCAUCUUUCAAAGUAUUCAAGCCCGCUAGCUAUGGUAAGAAAAACGGCGUCUGGUACGCUUCGCCCGGAAACCAAGGCUGGGGCGGCGGUGGUGGUGGCAGCCGCCUUAGCCGCAAACCAUCUGUAACCGAGGUGGACAACAUGCCGACGGGAAGCUUGAAACCGAGCGCCGGUCGGGUCAUCCGGAUUAUCAACAGUCACGAUCACAGUGUUCAGUGCCGCGUAUUGCUAAACCUACGUACAUCGCAACCAUUCGAAGAGGUUCUCGAGGACCUCGGACAGGUGUUGAAGAUGAUCGGCGCCAAAAAGAUGUAUACCAACCACGGCCAGGAGGUGCGCAGUUUCUCCCAGCUGCGCAACGAGUUCGCAGAGGUAGACACGUUCUACCUGAGCAACACUCCCAGCCUGCCGAUCGGGGCCCUCGGUCCCGGUGUGAUUCCACCGUCGCCAGCGCGUCGUUCCCGUUCCCGGCUGGGGGGCUCCGUCCCGGAUGAUCUCUCGAAGACCACUGCCCGUCAGCGUGCGCGCAGCAAAAGCAGACCACGCGCUCUGUAUGCUCCGGAAAACGAACUGGUGCGUGCGUCUUCCGAUUAUCCGCUAUUGGACGCGAUGAAGGAGGAACCAACUCGUAUCACCAUACGAGGACUGCGUCGAACGUUCUAUCCACCAAUGCAUCACCCGCCGGUAGACAAUGCACCACCGGAUAAGAAGUUGACGCUUUUCUGGGUGCACGGUUAUCGUGGAAUCGACUCCAAACGGAACCUUUGGGUAUUGCCUUCGGGAGAGCUUUUGUACUAUGUGGCCGCUGUCGCCGUUCUAUACGAUCGAGAGGAGGAAGCUCAGCGACACUACACCGGACAUACGGAAGAUAUUACAUGCAUGGAAGUUCACCCCUCGCGAGAAUUGGUCGGUUCUGGCCAGCGAGGUGGCCGUGAUCGUAAGUCUCAAGCUCACGUACGCAUCUGGAGUACAGAAUCGCUGCAGACGCUGUACGUGUUCGGUAUGGGAGAGCUGGAUUCUGGUGUCAUAGCUGUAGCCUUUUCGCAACUUAACGGUGGCAGUUACAUUCUGGCCGUAGAUGCCGGUCGUGAAAGCAUACUGUCCGUGUGGCAAUGGCAGUGGGGCCAUCUAUUAGGAAAAGUGGCGACACUGCAAGAAGGAAUCUGGGGUGCAACAUUCCACCCACUGGACGACAACCUAUUGAUCACACAUGGCAAAGGGCACUUGGCAUUCUGGCAUCGCCGGAAGGAUGGAUUUUUCGAAAAGACGGACAUCAUCAAACCGCCAUCGAAAACAUUCGUUACGUGUGUGCAGUUUGAACCAGACGGUGACGUCAUAACCGCAGACAGUGAUGGUUUCAUUACAAUCUACAGCGUAGAUGCAGAUGGGGCCUACUUUGUUAGAAUGGAAUUUGAGGCACACAGCAAGGCCAUCUCCUGCUUGGUGAUGCUUUCCGAGGGUACUUUAAUAUCCGGAGGAGAAAAGGAUCGUAAAAUUGCGGCGUGGGACUCCCUGCAGAACUACAAGAGGAUAACCGAUAUCAAGCUUCCAGAAACAGCCGGUGGAGUGCGCACCAUUUACCCGCAGCGUCCCGGUCGUAACGAUGGAAAUGUUUACGUUGGCACAACACGAAACAACAUCCUGGAGGGGUCACUACAGCGUCGCUUCAACCAGGUCAUCUUCGGUCACGGCAAACAACUGUGGGCGUUGGCUGCUCAUCCCGAUGAUGAGGUCUUCGCAACGGGAGGUCACGAUAAAUACGUCGCGAUGUGGCGAAGGCACAAACUGAUCUGGACAUCGUCGGUGGGCUACGAGAUUAUUUCGCUAGCUUUCCAUCCUUAUGGUGCAGCUCUGGCAGCGGGAAGCUCCGAAGGUCAUUUGAUUGUGAUCAACGCAGAAAAUGGAGCAACCAUGCUGACGAUUCGCGUGUGCGGGUCCCCGUUGAACUGUGUGGAAUUCAAUCAAGUGGGUGACAUGAUUGCCAUUGGAUCGCAGAACGGUAGCAUCUAUCUGUUCCGCGUGUCGCGUGACGGAUUCUCGUACAAGAAGAUCAACAAGAUCCGUGGUUCGCAACCGCUAACGCAUCUCGACUGGAGCUCGGAAGGUAACUUCCUCCAGUCGGUAACUGUGGAUUUCGAUUUGCUCUUCUGGGACGUGAAAUCCCUCUCGCCGGAAAAGAGUCCAAUCGCCAUGAAAGAUGUCAAAUGGAUGACCAACAACAAUACGGUUGGCUUCAUGGUGGCUGGAAUGUGGAACAACCGUUACUACGCAUCGCCAUCCAAUACCAUCAUUACGACCACAUCGCGAAACGCCGCUCAGGAUCUCAUUGUUAGCGGCGACGGUGACGGUUAUCUGCGUUUGUUCCGCUACCCGUGUAUUACUCCGCGAGCCGAGUUUACCGAAGCUAAGGUAUACUCCGGUACGCUGGCAUGUGUGAAAUUCUUGCACGGCAAUCAUAGCUUGGUCACGGUCGGUGGCACCGACGCUUCCCUCAUGAUCUGGGAACUCACCGAAGAAUAG